AUGGCUGAUUUCGAGGAUGCUGAUGAUGAACCGAAAAUCCCUACCGUAACCAUCGCUUUCGAGUACAUCGAGGCUGAAGAAACGUUUAACUUUUAUAUAAGGAGGGUUUCGAAUGCUCCCUUUGUUCCGUCGAUCAAAAUGAAAUACUCAAGAGCCGUGAUGCAUGUCGCUGAAGGGUUGUCCAGAAAAACAUGGAUGGGGACGAAGCGAUCGAUCAGUUGGGAGGAAAUACUUUCACAAGGACCGAAAUCAUACCGGACGUUGGCGGUUCCUCGUUGCAUCACAACUAUUUUCAACGAGUUCUUCUCCUGUCACGUUCCCAAACAGCUCUUUCAUAGUACUCUGAUGAGGAUUCAGUUCUGUGAUGUAGGCAAAGACGAUUAUGAGGUCAUUAUAGCGGAAUGUGACUAUUGGAUCGAUACAAAUCCGAUUGAACGAUUUCGAGAGUUUGAACUUCCUAUGACAAUUUCAACACCGGAUCUGGGAGAACUCGAGUUGUCAGUAACGUAUCUACCAACAGCGCAAAGGCUGCUGCUCACGAACUGCAAAGCAACUAAUUUGCGAGUAGAUCCUGAUGCAACAGGUAUCCACGUUCGAGCAAUACUGUUCGUAAAUGAGUGUUUCGAUGAAAUCCACAAGUCCGAAACUAAGGAACCUAAGGACGAGACCCCGGCAGGAUUCAGUUUCGCCAAAAAACUAGUGUUUGAUCUGAUGAGGAUCGAUGUGACUGCGGCGUUGAUAGUAUGCCAAGUUGUGCAGGGAAUUAACAACAAAAAACGAGUGAUAGGUCAGUGCGAAGUGAAAUGUACGGACGGUCAAUGGUUACGUAUGUUGACGACGUUACGAGAAUCAACCGCAGAGACGUACCGUCUUAGACCUGCACUGUAA